UUCGCUCAAGUUAUUGACGAUACAGUAACCACUGGCCUAUUUAAGGGAAAUGCGAUUAGGUUGUAUCCCCCUCAUCAGAGAAGAUGGCCGCUUCACUGGAUUUACCGAAUUUUGAGCCUUGUGAUCACUUGGAAUAUUUGAUGAUGAUCAAAGAGGCGAAUAGGGCACACGAGGGGAUAUGCAAGAUUCGCGCAAUUGCGCUCCCUCCAUCUCCUCGUACUGAUGGCUACUCUGAGCUCAUCGGGGAUCUCUUUGAGGAUGUAUUAGGUUCUUUAACCUCUCUCCUCUCCAAGCUCAAAACAAGUUCCAGAGCUGAAUGGUAUAGCCACAUGAAAAGGAAGAGAUUGGAUUCAUGGAAUAUUUUGACUACUAUUCCGCAUUAUGAUGGCUAUGAAUGGAGAAAGUAUGGCCAAAAGAAAAUCAGAAGUUCGAAAUUUCCAAGAGUCAAAGGUGAGAGAUCUGGGCAGAUCCGACCAUGGCAGAGAACAUGAGCGUUUCGAAUCCAUCGAUUCCACAGUUCAAGGGAGAUAACUACGAGUUCUGGAGCAUCAAGAUACGAACUUUGCUCAAGUCGCAAGGUCUAUAGGAAUUGUUGGAGACGGGAGCACCGGACACAGAUCCCACACCAACAGAAACAGCAAAGCGAGAUGCGAAGGCGUUAUUCUUCAUUCAACAAGCCGUUGUUGACACGAUGUUCAUAAAAAUAGCAGCAGCGGCAUCGACAAAGGAGGCAUGGACAACCCUAAAAACCGCAUUCCAGGGAAAUUCGAAAGUUCGUGAGAUAAGGUUACAAGGCUUGAGAAGAGAGUUUGAGACGUUGAACAUGAAUCAAGGUGAAUCUGUUCAAGCAUUUCUCACAAGAGUCACAUCCAUCGUCAACCAAAUCAAGAGUUGUGGUGAAGAUCUCACAGAAAAGAUCGUGGUUAUAAAGGUGCUCCGCAGCCUUACAGCAAAAUUCGACCAUGUCGUGGUAGCAAUCGAAGAGUCCAAGGACCUGUCCACAUACUCUUUCGAUGAGUUGAUGGGUUUGCUGCAAGCCCAUUGUUUGUUGGAAAUUUGAUGUAAAAAGACAAUGAAAGAAAAAUUCGAACUUG